AUGUUUCGAUACUUAAGUGACGUGGACGACAGCCCGUAUAUGAUGGAUCCAUUCUCGGCUCAUCGGCAGCAAAUGCGAAGUAUGUUUGGGUCAUUCGGCUUUGAACCGUUUCCCUUCGCCCCUCAGAUACAGCCGCCACGGAACCCCCAUAUUCAGGCGGGAGCCAUAGCCCCCUUUGGAAUGAUGGGAAUGGGAGGCGAGGGCUUCAUGGACAUGUUUGGAAUGAUGAGAGGGAUGAUGGAGAACAUGGAGCCAAUGUCUGGCUCCCCCGCCUGUCAGACGUACUCUUCCUCCACGGUCAUCUCCUACUCCUCCUCUGGGUCUGGCACCCCCAGAGUCUAUCAGCAGAGCAGCUCCACCAGGACCGCCCCCGGAGGGAUAAGGGAAACACGGCAGGCGAUGCGGGACAGCGAGAGCGGCCUUGAGCGCAUGUCCAUCGGGCACCACAUCCGGGAGCGGGCCCACGUGAUGGAGAGGUCCCGCAACCACAGGACAGGCGACCGCGAGGAGAGGCAGGACUUCAUCAACCUGGAAGAGAGUGAGGCCGCAGCCUUUGACGACGAGUGGAGGAGGGAGGCGGGGAGAUACCCCCCUCCGAAUGCCCGGGGGUUGGACUAUGGCCGAGACAGAAGGGCGGCAGCGGGCGGGCAGCAGCUGGCCCUCACCGGCCCCACCGGCUCCUCCUCCCCACCCGCCCCUCACCACGACUCCCCGAGGCACCGCCCACCCCCGUCUCGCCCACGCUACGAUUGGUGAGCGAGAGGUGAGACCGAGGAACAGGAACAGAGGAACUAAUCGGUUAAAACAACAACAAAAAAAAAUGGAGUACAAUGACAGCACAGUAACAGUACUAUUGCAUUGUAUGGUGAGUCUGCCUCAAUUGCAGCAAACAUCCUGAGAUGAAUUAAGAGGUCAUUAAUUGUCAGACAUGUUGAGCUACUGCAUUGGUCUCUGCAAUCCUCGCCAGUGCAUUAAAGCUUUUUUUGUAUCAAACAUCUAAUGAUUGACAGCAGCCCCCUCUCGAUUGCAAGUAGAAUGCAGUUAUAAUAUUGUGCUUGUGGAUGGCAUUGCAGCAUAUAGUUCACAAUGUUUGAAAAUCUCAGCAACCCAGCUCAUAUAGACAGACGGGUUUUUUGCGGAAUCAAAAAUCAAGAGAGUGUGUUUUGGUUUGGAGAUUUGGUCCAUUUUGAUUAUUAGGUCUGUCGUCUGCUUGUUUCCGAAUACAUAUUUAAUGUCUUUAAGGAACUUUAAAUGAAACUUCUUGCUUAUGGUAUUUAAAGUUAAAAUUGUUGGGUGAAGAGGCGAGUAAUAGAGUAACCGGGUUGCACUUUUAAAAACGGCGCAUUUGUGAUACUGUUGGAUGGGAACACAUGAGAGCUCUGUUUAAGCCUACCUCAGUGAUGACUAAAUUCUGAUUAAUGGUGUCAUCAAUCCAUUCCAUGGCAUUUCUGUAAGGAAUCGAGACUUUGAAGAUGUGUUAAUACUUCUGAUGUGAAUUUAGCUAUGCAGUAAUUGAACCUUUCAGUCGAAUAUGGGUUUGCUUUUAAUUGCGCAUCUUGAACAAUGCCUCUCAUCUUCGCUUUGCAAAAUUCUAUUUCAUUAAUGUGAGACACUUGCAGUGGGCGGCUGAGGAUAUAAUGAAGAAAUGGAUUUUUCCCAUUACCUGUAUUAUAAGUUGACAUAUUUUUGUGAAAAUUGCUAGGUGCAGUGAGUUUUUUUAAAACCCAGUAUGUGUUAAAAUGAGUCAACAGAAUGGCAAGAAAAACUGGUUUUCCAGUGUGUAGUGCAUGCAGUUUCACAAGCAGGACAUGCAUUUGAGCAAGAAGCCAGUUUUCAGCCACCGGUCUUGGCUCUGUUAGCAUAUUUGGUUACUGUUCUUCAGAAUAGCCACAUUUACAGCACAAGUACAUUUUCAGUUAAUUUUGAAGGAUGGCAAGCCUGGCUUGUGUGUACCUGUGCAACCAAUGGGAACGUGGCGUUGCUUGCUCUGCAGGUCUCGAUGCUCUUGCAUUUGCCUGAUCUAGUUUGAAGCUACCUUUAAAUAGACUAGCGGGAUUUGCUGCAAUUGAACCAGAUCACACUUGGCACACACCUAUUUUUGAUGGAGCCCUCAUUUAGUCCUUAUAAAUAUGUAUUCCUCGUGCCCAGGGCAAUUUUGUUUUUCUUUUCAACACAAUGUUUUUUUUUUUUUUUCCAGAUUUAAUAAGAUAUUCUUACAUAUGUGGGAUGCCCAGGCCAAUGUAGUGCUGAGAAUGUGUAACGAUUUAAAUGUUCCCCCGUGUUUAAACUUGUAAUGUUUGGUCCUAGUCCGUUAACUCCACCUCGGUCAUUAGUUUCAAACCCCUCCCCCCCCCCCCUCACAGGAUAGAUAAUGUGUAAAGGCUAUUGCAUUGAUGCUGUGAAAACAGGAUGAUGAGGGACAGAAGGGGAGAAUAAGUGAUCAUUGAAGAUGUCUGCUAUAAUGGAACUGUACAAUCUACAUGCCUCAGAACUUUCAAUGUAAACAUUAUGCAACAUCACACGUUAUCUCUCACUCACACAUGCGCACACACACGCACACACACACACACACACACAUAUCACACCCGCUCACAUGCGCAGACACUCACACUCACACAGACAGACACACACACGCACACACAAAAUGCGCAACAUGCUGCUAAAACAGUAUUAUAUAACACAUUUUUUCCAAAUCCGUUGGUGUAGACACUGAGGUCUCUGCGUGGGUUGAAUUGUACACUGUAGACUAAUUACGAAACUUAAUAUUCAUAAAUAAACAUUGUUAAAUAAUUGGAUGAGCGUGUAUUGUCUGGCUCGAUGGCUGUGAAGUCAGCAGUUUUAAGAGUUAGACUUCAUUUUCUUUGUCUCUCAUCUCUCUCCCCAUGUCCCCCCAAGUCUGUGUUUAUUAGGUGACUUUGUUUAAUUUGUGUUGUCAGUUGCACUAUAGGACAUGACAUGAAAUCAAUAACAAAAAACCUCAACAUCCAUUUACUUUGUUUGAAAACAUCUGCCUGAAGCAUGUUAAAUGAAAAUUUAAAAAAUAAACUUUAUAUGUAGAGAAAA